AUGUUCGAGCCCGUGCGCGGCGGCACUCGAGGCGGGCAGGCCGAGUUCAAGUGGGCGGACGUCUCAGCCGACAAGGACCGCGAGAACUACCUAGGACACAGUAUCAACGCCCCCACCGGCCGCUGGCAGAAGAACAAGGAUGUGCAUUGGUACAAUCGGGAUGUGACGAGGACGGAGCAGGAUAGGCUGGAUGAGAUCAAGAGGAUCAAGGAGCAGGAGGCGGAGGCGCUAGCUGCUGCAUUAGGAUUCGGCGGGCCCAAGCCAGUCGCGGGUGCCACGGCGUCUGGCGCGAAUUCCGUCCCUGUCGCUGCGAAGCCGGGGACGAGCGCGUCUCCCCCACCCGGAGACGCGAGCACAACUGUGGAAACCGCGGAAGAGAAAGCCCGGCGCAAAGAGGAGAAGCGGCGGAAAAAGGAGGAGAAGCGACGAAAGAAGGCGGAGAAGGAACGGCGCAGGGCCGAGAGGCGCGAGCGCGGCGAGAGGGACUAUGAUAGCGACGAGGAGGGAGACAGGGAGAGGAGGAGGAGGUACCGCGAUUCGAAGUCGCGCUCGCCGGGGUACCGGGGGCGGGAGCGGUCCCGCUCGCCUAGGGAGUACAGACACCGGUCGCGCUCGCGCUCGCCAAGGGAGUACAGACAUCGGUCGAGGGAUCGGUUGGUUAGUAGGGAGAGGACGACGCGGAGGAGGAGCUGGUCAAGGUCGAGAUCGAGGUCGCGCACGCCGCCACCCCGGCGACAUAGGGAUGUUGGGGGGUAUGGCCGGGGAGAGGCGGAAAGGGAGCAGGAGCGGGAUCGACGGAGGUGGGACGAGAGUGCGAGGAGAGAUGCGCCCGGCGGCGGGAGGUGGGGGAGGAACUGAGGUGCGGAGCGCUCCGCUCAAUAUAUGGCAUAUUCCACGGAUUAUUCAGCGGGUGCCUGCGUUAUGUAUACUAUAUCGUGCAAACACUUCCAAUGAUUGAAGACUAAUGCCAUAGGCGAUGCGUUGGCGCG